AUGGACAGAGUGCAGCUUGAGAUGGAGGGGAAUCAGCUCCAAGCUAGAGCUAUUGGCACCUAUGAUCAGCCUCAUAUCCAUGGGAAUAAGAUGGGCAUUAGAGCACGAGCUGUGGAGAACAACAACUUUGAGAUCAAAUCCAGCUUGAUCAACAUGAUAGAGAACAACAAGUACCAUGGUCUUUCUUUGGAGGAUCCACUUGAUCAUUUGGACAAAUUUGUCAAGUAUUGUGGUUUGUCCAAGACCAAUAGUAUCCCUGAAGAUGCUUUCAAGCUGAGAUUGUUUCCAUUCUCCUUAGGAGACAAAGCUCACACAUGGGAGAAGAACAUCCCAAGUUUUGGAGAAGAAUACAAGAGGUUCAGAGGCUACUUAAACCAAUACCCACACCAUGGCUUCACCAAAGAGAGCUUGCUUAAUACUUUCUACAGAGAUGUCUUGCCUAAGUAUAGAAGCCGGCUUGAUACUGGUAGCAAUGGUAUCUUCUUGGGGAGAAAUAAAGUAGAUGCUGAGGAGCUUGUAGAGAACAUGGUUCAUAGUGAUUCAGUCUACAGUGAUGAGCAUGAUAGGAGCAACAUAGGCAGUGGAGGAGAUGAUCAAAACACAAGGAGAGAGUUGAAGGCUCUACAAUAUAAGAUGGAUUUGCUUCUUUCAGAAAGAGCCAAACAAGAGAAAUUGAACUUUGUUGGUGAACAGAUUCAAGAGGAGACAGUUGUGGUUCAUGAAGUUGAUGGUCUAGAAGGUCAAGAAGAGCUAUGUUUCGUGAAUGCUAAUGGGACAUGUUUGCCUAUGACUUCAAUCUCCAAGCGCCCAAUGGGAUCUCUACCAGAGAAAUUAGAGCAACACCCUAAAGAGUAUUGCAAUGCUAUCCUCUCUACUACUUCUGAGAUGGAUUUGAGUGAUCAUAGGAAAGAAGCUGAAGCACAGAUUGUGGAGAAGGUUGGACAGAGGGUUGAAGCAAAGAUUGUGACGAGAGCUGAGCACAAGGCUGAGAAACUAGUUAUUGAGAAUGUUGUCAAGAAGUUGAAGGAGGUUAAGCUGGAAGAAACCCAUGAGGUUGAGCAAUCACCCUAUGAUAGGCUCCCAUUUCCACAAAGGCUUCUCACAAAGGCUCAAAAGAAAGUGAUCUCCAAGUUUAGAAAAGACAUGGGUGUUGUAGGAGUCAAGCUUCCACAGAUAACGAAUAUGCAUGAUGCUCAUGUCCAAAUGAUGCUCAUCAAAGACAUUCUAGCUCACAAAGAAGAAGUAGGAGAGCUCCUAGACAUCUCUACUAUGCAGCUUGAUCCACCAGUCACACCAAAGUCCCUUCCCAAACUUGAAACCCAAGGGAAGUUCACCUUGUCUUGCUCCCUUGGUAAGUUUACACUUGAUGAUGCUCUUAGUCUUGGGAUUGAGAACAUGGAGCCAAACACAUCCUUACUAAUGUUUGGAGACUCCUCUUCUGCAACCCCAAUUGGUUUCAUCAAGAACUUUCCUUUGAAGAUUGGAGCUUGCACCAUUCCUAUUGACCUCACUGUUUUGAAGAUGGCAAAUAGGAAGAGAGUCCAAUUGAUCCUUGGAACACAAUUUCUCACAACAGUAAGAGCUUGCAUUGACUUUGACAACAAGAAGGUCACACUUCUAAAUGUGAACAAAGUUGUCUCUUACCCAAUCAAGUCUCUUUUGAUAAAUGUUGAGUUUUGUGGAACCAUCACUUGUGGAGAACUUCAACAUGAGAAGAUCAAAGAUGAAGUGAUGGCUAGUGAAAAAAAAAAUUCUUGA